UUUCUAAUCACCCGCCGUCGUCGGUUCUAUUGCAGUGUGUAUUUAUUGGUAGUUUGCAACGCCAAAAUAAAUUUUUCCAAACUUUAUAAAUUUUGUUUGUCUUCAUAUUUGUAAUACAAUAAUUUGUUCAAAAUUUAAAUAUUUAAAACAAAGUAGCGACGUUAUUGCAGGUCUUUAAUUUAUAGUUCAAACAAUUCUUCAAGUAUAGAUGUACAUGUAUAUAUAUAUUUGUGUUACGUGUGUGUGUUGGUGAAAGAGACUUAAGUUUAAGUAGCAGCCACGCCGUCAAACAGACUAGAUGAUACGGGUUUGAAAAUGGAGACACCCAUUCACUUGAAUUUCUUAGUCCUAACCUAGAUAACAAUGAUAAAAAGUCUUUGACGAUUAUUUGUGAUUAGCAAGGGAUUUAAAUCAUUGUUAUUUUUUUAAUUAACAAUGUCGACCAACGUUCAGUUCGCGAAUCCACCCCCGCCGACGGGGAUAAGUUUACCCAACAUGUCAGUCCCACCACCGACGACUCCAAAUUUAUCAGCACCCCCGCCUAAUUUGACUACGAUAAACACCAGCACUGGAGGAUUCCAGUCGCAGCAGCUCCAACAGCAGCAGCAACAGCAACAAAGAUUUCUCAACCAUCGAGAUAGCGCACGAGGAUUCUUCAAACCCUUUCGGCCGUAUCAUGCCCCGAAAAUAAUCUCCGGUGGGCAGGAUGCUCUGCAAGAUGAGUUUGACGGCAAGAGAUUGAGAAAAUCUGUCAUGAGGAAGACAGUAGAUUAUAAUUCGGCGAUAAUAAAAACUCUUGAGAACCGUGUAUGGCAACGGGACUUCCGUGAUAGACGUCCUCUUCAGCCGGAUGUUAUGUACUAUCCAGACCUUUUGCCGCCUCCGAGUUACGUGGACAAUCCGAUAAACUCAGUGACUACGAGGUUCGUUAAAACAGCGACGAAUAAAAUGCGAUGUCCUAUUUUUUGUAUGGCCUGGACUCCAGAAGGUCGACGUCUCGUUACUGGAGCAUCGAGCGGGGAAUUCACCCUCUGGAACGGUCUUACGUUUAAUUUCGAAACCAUCCUUCAGGCACACGACAGCCCGGUAAGGACAAUGGUUUGGUCGCACAAUGAAAGCUGGAUGGUGACGGGGGACCACUCGGGCUACGUCAAGUACUGGCAGAGCAACAUGAACAACGUCAAGAUGUUUCAGGCGCACAAAGAAGCGAUUAGAGGACUCAGUUUCAGUCCAACGGAUCACAAAUUGGCGACUUGCAGUGACGACGGAACCGUCAGAAUUUGGGACUUUCUACGCUGCCAUGAGGAGAGAAUACUCAGGGGUCACGGCGCGGAUGUUAAAUGUGUCCACUGGCAUCCACAAAAAAGUCUAGUCAUCUCCGGGAGCAAAGAUAAUCAGCAGCCAAUAAAAUUAUGGGAUCCAAAGACUGGUCAGUCGUUGGCUACCUUACACGCUCACAAAAGUACUGUCAUGGAUGUCAAAUGGAACGAAAACGGAAAUUGGCUAGUAACGGCGUCGAGGGAUCAUCUGCUGAAGCUUUUCGAUUUGAGAAAUUUGAGCCAAGAGGUUCAAACCUUUCGCGGUCACAAAAAAGAAGCUUCGAGUGUUGCUUGGCAUCCGAGUCAUGAAGGUCUUUUUUGCAGUGGCGGCAGCGACGGCGCUAUUCUUUUCUGGCACGUCGGAGCCGACAAAGAAGUAGGCGCUAUAGAGCAAGCCCACGACAGUAUUGUCUGGACACUUGCAUGGCAUCCAUUAGGUCACAUUCUUUGCUCUGGCAGCAAUGAUCACACUUCGAAAUUCUGGACACGAAAUCGCCCAGGAGAUCUCAUGAGAGAUAAAUAUAAUCUCAACACCUUACCUGCGGGAGCGGCUGGUGUUGAUGAUCAUGAAAUUGCUGAUGAGGCUGCAGUAAUACCGGGAAUGGGUCCUGAAGAUAAAAUAAAUGAGUUCGACAUUGAACAAUCAAUGGAAGAAGACACUUCGCAGGGUAUACCUGGUUUGGACCUCGACCACGCUGCUGAAGAGAGUAAAAAACUCGCGGCAAGUAAAAAGGUCCCGUACAGCAAACCCAUUCCGCGUAACUUCCAAGCGCAGUGGAAUGAAAUGGAAGCUGAAGACCCAGAACAAGUAGAAGCGUUGAAUGCUAUUGUCAAUCAGUUGAUUGAAACGACCCCGGGAGCAGUACCUUUGAAUGAAGUUGCACCAAAUGCUAUUAUUUUAUAUGGAAAAAUAAUUCCCGUGGAACCUGGCUCAAAACUUGCUGAUGCUAUCGUUAAAGGUAACGAUGCUAUAAAUAAAUUAAUUACUGCAGGUGAAAUAGAAGAACUUAAGGACGUCGUAAUAAAUUUACCUGAAGAAACCGAAACAGACGAAGAUUAUUUACAAGAUGAGGGUGAUAUAGAUUACUCGAAAGUUCCAAAUAUUGAUUUACCUCCACCUCUGCCAAGCUCGAAGUUUGCUCAAAAUCCCGAAUUAUUGAAAGCUUUGAAUUAUGGAGGGAAGCGAAAAUUCGAUCAAUUGAUUGCGUGGAGUGAAGCAAAUUCAACUGAUCGAAAUAAUAAAAUGCAUCAACCUGUGUUUGGUGUCGGCGGAAUGUCUGAAGACUCGACAUCAAUUAAUAGCGACAGUGAUUUAAGGCUAAUGGUGGGUAUGAAAAAUUCACAGGAUCAAAAUAAUUAUUUCGCUAAUCAAGAUGAGGAUCUCAGAAGAAUGAACAGUGUAGAUAGUCGUGGAGGAAUGGUUCGUGGGGAUGAGGAUAUGAGAAUGAAUGUAUCUGCUGCGUCAGCUAGUGGUCCAGGAAGGCCGCCAGGUGGAAUGAUGAAUGAGUUUGACAUGCGCAAUUCGUUUGAUAUCAGAAAUUCAUUUGGUGACAGGGAUUUCAGGCAUUUAGGACCACCUCCAAUUCUCGGAGGGUUCAAGAAACCUUCUAUGGACGGUGGUGAUAAUUUUGGUAGCGGAGAUAUGGAUCGUGAUGGACGACAGAGACCUUGGGAUGAUGAAAAAGGAAUGAACAGUGGUUUGAAUGACGGGCGUUCUAAUUUCGAUAAACGAGAUAUGUCUUCAAAUAUGUCAGGUAGUAAUAUGUCAAUGUCAAUGGGAAAUAUGCCUCCAGGAAAUAUGGGUUCGAAUCACCAUAACAUGCAGAAUAUCAGUCCAAAUAUGCCACCUCCGUCGAUAUUAUCCAUGAUGCCUCCUCAUCACCAGCAUCACCAGGCAAUGAAUCAUCUUUCAAACAUGCAGAAUAAAAACAAUCCAAAUAUGAUGGGAGGUAAUGACAAUAGUGGCCCAAUGCCGCCACAUUUGAUGCACAUGCCGCCUAACUUUGGACCCAACGGUCCACCACCCAUGCCCCCUAACUUCGGGCCCAACUUCCGACCGCCCAAUGGAAAUUAUGGACCCAAUCAACCUUAUCGACCAAAUCCCAUGGCACCCUUUGCACCUAGUCAAAACGUGCCGUUCAAUAACAAUUUCCCUCCUCCCAAUUUCCGGGGUCCAAACUCCGGCAACAAUCAAAUGCCUCCAAACUUCGACCGUCCUCCAGGCUUUGGACCGAACUUCCGCAAUCAAAUGUCAGCAGGCAAUCAGUCCGGCCACGGACCCGGUGGUAAUUUCAAUUCUGGAUUCGGUAAAAAUUACAACAACAGUGGCGGCAGUGGCGGUAAUAUGGGCAGCGGUGGUGGCAGUGGUAGUGGUGGCGGUAAUAAUUCUGGUGGGAAUAAAAAUGGCCCCAACCGUGGUCAACGAUUUAGAAAAAAUGUUCCAAACUAAUCGAUAACUGUCAAUGACUCUCUUAAUGAGUGAUUAAAUAAUGAUAAUAAUGAAAUUUAAAUUGUAAUAUAUUAUACAGUCCAUUGAGUGAUCUGUCGUCUUUUUAAAUAAUACCGGGUCACUUUCACGAGUUGCCUUGGAGUGGAAUAAUAUAUAUUCCAACACGAGGAAAUACCCCAUUAUAUAUAAUAAUGAUAAUAAUAAUAAUAAUAUUAAUAAUUAUAAUUAUAAUAAUAGAUAACAGGCAAUUGCGUGUACUUGAGAUGAUGAAAAAAGUAGAUUCCAGAAGACAAUUUACUUAAUAAAAAUCAAUUAUAUCGUA